AUGUUUCGUAAUGCGAACGUGAGUCUUGUGUGCUUGGCCAGUAUUUACAAAAGAUUAGCGCAGCAAUCGGCCCUCCGCGCCGAAUCUAUCCACGAGUAUCAACGGAACGUUGAGUCCCACAGCCGUCCGUUGGUCCGUCAAAAGAGACCCCGGCGUGGCGCCGGUGACCGAAGGCUUCGUACCCUACCUUUAGUCGCACCAGCGUCCGUUGCCGUUGCCGUUGCCGAACGAACGCCGUCCCCGUACAACGGGCAAUGUUUGUUGACCGUCGCCAUGAGCACAGGUAACCGUCGACGUUCUUUCAGUGCCGCGGUCAAGCUGCCUAGUGCUCGUCCCCGUUUUGCCUCACUCGGUAUAGCGCACCUGGCGUGUGAGCGUCGACGAUUCGACCCAAAGAAAGCACUGGCAUUGGUCCCUCGACGACGUGCCGAACAGUGGUUCCUGUCAGCGGCGCUUCGCGGUUCCGGCGAUCGUCGCCUCGUCCACCCCGAGGAGGAGGCGCACCGUCACCCAAUGCGCUUCACGUCGUGCAAUCCGAUAUCUCGCCGGAUGCGGCGGAUCACCGUCGCCGCAGCUCUGCAACUGGAUAAGCUAUAUCUGAUUUUCGCAUGCGCUUUCUGCGCUUGUUACGCGUUCGCCGAUGCCAGACUUGGUAAGCUAUGA